UCAGCCAGGAGAUUGCUAACAGUUUUCACCCUUACCAGUGGCAUCUUGACAUUAGUGUGCCUAGGAAUCCGUGACGCUCCAAAAACAGCAAGUUGAUUGAUUUUACUCUAAAAUCUCCCUUCAAAUCCUCCAUGCCCGGUGCCCUUUCAUGACCACAGCAUCUAUCGUCUGCGCCUCGUUCCCCCGACUCUCCUGCAAUUAAUCUCUUUACGUCUCUCUCUCUCUCUCUCACCCCUCCCAUGGGGAAGAACAAAGGAAACAACAAUGGUAGCGGGCGCGGCGGCAAAGCAAGAAUGGGUCGGCAAAAGAUAGAGAUCAAGAGGAUAACGAAGGAGGAGGCUCGUCAAGUCUGUUUCUCAAAGCGACGAAAUGGGCUGAUCAAGAAGGCUGGAGAGCUCUGCAUCCUUUGUGGAGCAGAGAUGGCGCUCAUCGUUUUCUCCCCUGCGGGCAAGGCCUUCUCUUACGGCCACCCCUCCGUCGACGCCAUCUUCAACCGCUUCCAGAAUCCUUCCUCCGACGUUCCCGCCAGCGGUCCCGAUGCCAACAGCGCCGCCGCCAUCCAGGAACUCAGCUGCCAGCACGACAAGCUCGUCCAACAGAUUGAGGUGGAGAAGAAGCGCCGCCUCAUGCUGCAGAAGCAGCAGCGGAGCGACACAGGCGGUCGGAUGGGCUACUUCUGGGACGCCGACCUGGAGAAGCUGUCGGCGGAGCAACUCGAGGACUUCAAGGGCGUCCUCGAGGAGAUGAGGACGGUUCUCGCCAAGCGUGCUGACGAGCUGCUGAUGGGAAUGGCUAUGAUGCAUCAACCGGUCGCCACCGCUCACAGCCAUCAAUUUCCUCCGCCCUCACUGGCUCCUCCUCCCUAUGCUCCUACUUCCGCCACCGCUCCUUUGCCUUUCAAUUCCUUUCUUGGUGGCUACAACACCAACUCCAUGGCCAUCCCUUUCAUCAAUAACAACAACGCUUUCAUGGGGGCCUCGAAUCCAGACGGAAGCAUCCCAAACAACGGCCAAUAUUUUAGUCAGUAGCUUUUCAGCUAUGGCCGUCCCUUCUCAUGCGCCGCUUCUAGUAGUUGUCUAACUUUUCAGGUAGAUAAGGUCUGGAUGCCGCUCGCUAGGUGCAUCUUGCAAUGAACUAUUAAAGUGACGAUCUGCAGGUCCAAUCCAGUCCUUCAGUGUUGUUCAUAAUCAGUGUUGGUUCCUUCUAAGUGUUGUUCAUAAUCAGUGUUGGUUCCUUCUAAGUUUUGGGAUUGGUUGACUGGCUGUCGCUUUUCAGAUAUUUAGAUGUUGAUUUUUUUUUUAAAAAAAAAAAUUAUGUAUGUCAGUAGUUUGGUGGAUC